AUGGCUGCCCGUAGCGCCGCUCUCAAGAUCGACUGGGUCAAGACGACCAGCUCCCUCGGCCUCCGCGGCCAGACCGCUGCCUCUCUGCAGGCUUUCAAGAAGCGUAACGACGAUGCGCGCCGCAAGGUCCAGCUCCUUUCUGAGCAGCCCCAGACCGUCGACUUCGCCCGUUACCGCAACGUCCUGAAGAACCAGGCUGUCGUCGAUGAGAUCGAGAACCAGUUCAAGAACUUCAAGCCCGCCACCUACGAUGUUGCCCGCCAGCUGAAGGCCAUUGAUGCCUUCGAGUCCCAGGCUGUCCAGAGCGCUGAGCAGACCAAGGGCAAGGUUGAGGCUGAACUCCGCAACCUCGAGAAGACCCUUGAGAACAUCGAGACCGCCCGUCCCUUCGAUGAACUCACUGUUGACGAGGUUGCUGCCGCUCAGCCCGAGAUCGACGAGAAGACCUCCUCCCUUGUCUCCAAGGGCCGAUGGAUGCCCGCCGGAUACAAGGAACGCUUUGGCGACAUGUCCGUCGUUUAA